AUGGCUGUUAAUGUUGAUCACAAGAAGAAAAGAUCAUUUCAUUUUAACCACAUUCUUCAUGAUAAAGGAAAUAAUAUGAGCGCAUCGACAAAAAGACAUUUCGAAUCUAUCAAACGAAAACUGUUUGCAUUUGCUGAUAAUCAAAGUCGAAUGGAAUUUGAUGGUAGGAAUACGCCUCCUCCUCCUCCGUCUCCUCAUCCGUCUCGUGUUUCUUCACAUCAGCAUCCUCAAUCACUUUGUGUUGAACAGAACAGAACACCAAAACAACGAUCACAUCAUCAUUAUACACCAUCAUUAUCACACAAAAUAUUACCGCAGCAUCAAGAUCAACUACUACCAUUACAUCAACAAUUACCGCAUCUUGCAUUAGCUACACCUCGAUUAGCUCGUCGACUAUGA